AUGUCAUUAAGAGGCUUACCCCGAGCUUCAGUGCUCGCGAGGAGCAGCACAAGGGUCACAGUUGGGCGCACGGGAAUCGAAAGCUGGGCAAGUUGCGGAGUUCGCGCGGGAGUGGGCCGCAUCACGCAAAAGAGAUGGGCGAGCAACAAGGACCAGAAGCCGGUGCCUGAUGGGGAGAGGCCGUUCUACCUGCAAUUGCAGGAGAGUAUUCAAGAGCGUGUGCAGAAGGAGAAGGCCGAGCAGAUUCAGAUCCAGUCGCUGCAGCAAAGAACGGCGCGAGGAAAGUUCUGGGCGACAGUUACAGCCGUUGCCGUCGCUGGUGCCAUGGGCUACUACUAUGGCCAAAUGAAGCCCCCAAAGCCCGACACAGCCUCGACCGCGCCGCUCCAGACAUUCCCACCCGUCAAGCACAACAUCUCAGAGGCGAACAUGGAGGCAGCAUGGACAGACUUCCGCGACAUCGUCGGCAAGGCGAACAUCUCGCUCGAGCGGUCGGAUCUCGAAUCGCACAGCGGCUCGUCCUGGUCGUCGCAUCCCGCCGAGCCUGGUGACGUUCCCUUCUGCAUCGUCAAGCCCGGCAGCACAGAGGAGGUCAGCGCUAUCAUGAAGAUCUGCCACGAGCGCAAGAUCCCCGUCACCCCCUACAGCGGCGGCACCAGCUUGGAAGGGCACUUCGCAGCCACAAAGGGCGGCAUCUGCAUCGACUUCAGCCGCAUGGACAAGAUCCUCAAGCUACACAAGGAUGACCUCGACGUCGUCGUCCAGCCUGCCGUCGGCUGGGAGAUCCUCAAUGAAGAAUUGGCGAAAGACAACCUCUUCUUCCCUCCGGACCCAGGCCCAGGCGCCAUGAUCGGCGGCAUGGUCGGCACCGGCUGCUCAGGCACAAACGCGUACCGCUACGGCACAAUGAAAGACUGGGUCAUCUCGCUGACCGUCGUGCUCGCCGACGGCACAAUCAUCAAGACGCGCCAGCGCCCGCGCAAAUCCUCCGCCGGCUACGACCUCACACGCAUGUUCAUCGGCAGCGAAGGCACGCUCGGCCUCGUCACAGAAGCCACCCUCAAAGUCACUGUCAAGCCACAACACACCAGCGUCGCCGUCUGCGCAUUCCCCUCUAUCCGCGCGGCUGCUGAUUGCGUAUUCAAAGUCGUCGGCGCCGGCGUGCCCAUCGCCGCCAUCGAGAUCCUGGACGACGUGCAAAUGCAAUGCAUCAACGACGCGGGCCAGACCUCCAGAACAUGGAAAAACGCACCAACGCUGUUCUUCAAGUUCGCGGGCACGCCCAGCAGCGUGAAAGAGCAAGUGUCGCAGGUGCAAGGCAUGGCCAAGAAAGCAGGGAGCGUAAGCUUCGAGUUUGCCAAGAGCGAGCAGGAGAAGGAGGACUUGUGGCAGGCGCGCAAGGAGGCGCUGUGGAGUGUCAUGGCGAAGGGAGAAAAUAAUGAUGAUCUAGGUGUUUGGACGACGGAUGUCGCUGUUCCUAUUUCAAGGCUACCACAGAUCAUCGAAGAAACCAAGGAGCAGAUCAGCAAAUCGGGACUGCUGGGGAGUAUCGUCGGGCAUGCCGGUGAUGGAAACUUCCACGCGAUCAUCCUAUACAACCGCCGCACCGAGUACGAAAAAACUAAGCACCUCGUGCACGACAUGGUCAAGCGCGCGAUCGAGCUCGAAGGCACCGCAACGGGUGAACACGGCGUCGGGCUCGUUAAAAGAGACUAUAUUCCCCAUGAGCUGGGUACGGAUACCGUAGAUGCGAUGAGGCAGCUCAAGAAGGCGUUUGAUCCGUUGUGUUUGCUGAAUUGCGACAAGGUUGUUAGGAGUAAGAUGCCGGGGAAGGGCGAGGUUGCUGAGUGGUAG